AUGAUUCGUGGAUCUCCGCCUUCAGAGAAAAGACCGAAAAUAGAAUCGGAAGAAUCGUGUGAUUCUUUUCUUUCGCAACGACGAUUGAUUAUUGUUCUUGAGAAAUGUUCGCUUGAUGUGAUAAAGAGAGGAUCGAAUUAUGCACUUAUGACAAGUAGUAAUAGUAAUAAUAAAAAUAAUAAUGAUAGGUCGAAAAAUGUCCAUUCUCCGAGAAAUCCUGCAGAUUUUCGCCCCGAUAUUGUUCAUCAAUGUUUAAUGAUGUUAUUGGAUAGUCCACUAAAUCGUGCCGGAUAUUUACAAAUAUAUAUUCAUACAAUUAGCGGUGUUUUGAUAGAAGUACAUCCACAAUUACGUGUACCGCGAACUUUUGAUCGAUUUUCAGGACUUAUGUGUCAGUUAUUGAAGACAAAUUCAAUACGAGCAGCUGAUAAUUCAGUAAAACUUUUGAAAUUAAUCAAAAAUCCAGUAACUGACCAUUUACCUAUUGGAUGUCGAAAGAUACUUACUUCAUUCCACGCUGAAAAUUUUGUAAAAUGCAAAAAAAUUGUAUCAGUUGAAGAAAAAAAACCAGUUGUCAUAGUAGUUGGUGGAUGCGCAACUGGAAAAGUUUCUGUUGAUUACACCACUGAAGAAAUCAAAAUCAGCAAUUAUCCACUGAGUGCAGCACUAACUUGCGCGAAAUUAACUUCCGGUUUCGAAGAAAUUUGGGAAGUCGAAAAUAUUAACUGUUGA